AUGAGCUUGAAGAAGGCCAAGUAUGAUGGACCCCAGGAGAAAUUCAACACGUACGUGACUCUCAAGGUUCAGAAUGUGAAAAGCACCACCAUCGCUGUCCGGGGCAGUGAUCCAAGCUGGGAGCAGGACUUCAUGUUUGAGAUCAAUCGUCUUGAUCUGGGACUCACGGUGGAGGUGUGGAAUAAAGGACUGAUCUGGGACACAAUGGUGGGAUACGUCUGGAUCCCGCUGCAGAGUAUCCGGCAGUCGAAUGAGGAAGGACCAGGAGAAUGGCUGACUCUUGACUCUCAGGUCAUCAUGGCGGAUAAUGAAAUCUGUGGCACCAAAGAUCCAACAUUCCACCGUCUGCUUCUGGACACUCGAUUUGAACUGCCGCUCGAUAUCCCAGAAGAAGAGGCUCGAUACUGGGCCAAGAAACUGGAGCAGAUCAACGCCAUGCGGGACCAGGAUUAUUCAUAUCAGGAGGUUCAGGAGAGGCCUCUGUCUGUGCCUGGAUCACAGUGCUGUAACUGGUGGGGUGACCAGCAGAACAAUGAUCCAGACAGUGCGAUGGAUGACCGAGACAGUGAUUACCGCAGUGAGACCAGUAAUAGUAUCCCUCCACCGUUCUACUCCACAUCUCAACCCAAUGCCUCAGUCCACCAGUAUCCCAUAAACAACCAGCACCGAAACCCCAGAGCGCCAUACAGCCGAACUAUCAACAACUGUGAGCUAGACUACGACCAGCAGAGAACCGUCAGUCCGACCGGGAGCUAUGCGUCCUCAGCUGAACUCAGUCGCUGUAGUUCUCAACUGAGUGAAGAAUACGCAGAGCGUGAACUUUACGAUGAGAACGACUCGUACCACUCCUGCCACUCCUCAGUGUCCUACAGCAAGGGGUCGCCGGAUUGGGACGAGACGCAGGGUGCGUACAGCGACGAGUGCGCCUACAGUAAAGACGGCGGAGAGGAGGGCGCUUUAUAUGAAGAAGAUGAUGGUGAUCUGUACCCAGAAGAGGUGGACAUGUAUGAAGGAGAGGAGGAGUUUAAUUAUGAAGAGUUAGACGAGGACCAAGAACUUCCGUUUACGCCAACACCAACUAGUACCGCACCAAUAACGGAUGCUCAAACAUCCGCCAGACCUCCUUUAGAGAAACAAAACUCACUUCACCAACAGCAAACGCCGCCUCAGAAUGCAAGCCAACCGACCAAUCAGACACAAGCCCAACCGCCAAUCAAACCUGCAAUCCAGCAAAGCCCCGCCCCCCAGCAAGCACCCCCAAAACAGCAGCCACCACCACAACAACAAUCUUCCGGCCCGAUUCCUUCAGUUCAGUCCUUCUUCGCUAUGGCUAAACCAUUGACUGCAGUGUUUGGAUUGGGUGGAUCUACACCUACACCACCUCCUCCUGCACCAACAACUCAAUCCCAACCUCAACCAAUGACAGCACAAUCCCAAACUCCAGUCGCUCCACCUCCAGCUCCAUCCACACAACAGAUGCCUCCGAUUACCAACAAAUCUUUUGAGAUUCCUGUUGAAGAUCCGAUUAUCAAUUCUGCACCUGAACCGAAACUUCCAACCCCUGCCGAGGAGAAACCGCCCACUGUAGAGCCACCAAUGGAGGAGGAAAAUCCAAUUCAAGAAGACGAUUUCCCAAUGGAAGAGCCUUUGGUGGAGGAAAUUAAGAUGGAGAGUCCUCCUCUAUCGCCACCAUAUAAAGAGGAGGAACUGAUGCCUGAACCUGAAAGUGAGCCGGUGAUUGAGGAGCCGAAGGAGCCCGUGGAUCCAGCACUCAGAGCUAAAGAGAACUGGCUGAGAAUCUUUGAGAAAGUCCGACGGCAGCUGCAGGAGGCCGAUCAUCUUUAA